UGCCCCCUUGGCCAUGUCGACCAACCGAAUGAACGCCUGAACAGCAUUUGCCUGAUCUCCCCCCUGCAUUUCGCCCAACCGCGAAGUUGUGCCGAGUGGUCUUCACCAACAAUAUCCACAAAUCAUUGAGUUUACUCGUGAAAUAAAUGUACAACAUACUGACUAAACUAUAAGAAUAAUUCAACGGAAAAUUGUUGAGCAAGUUACGAUGGUGGAGGUGCGAUACACCAGGAACUUAUUCCUACGUGGAAUUUGUAUUAUUUAUCUCUUUGCAUUUCUCAGCUUGUACCUGCAGAUUCCCGGGUUGUUUGGAGAUAAUGGAGUGUUACCAGCUAGAACGCAGGUGGACCUCAAGGGAAAAGGUUCCCUCUGGCAUAAACUGAGUCAUAAGCCUACAGUUUUGUGGUUUGCAAGUUACCUUGGACUCAAUGUAGAGUACAUGAUGGAUUUGGUUGCUCUCACGGGAGCUUUACUCUCAUUUUUGGGUUUCAUCUCCCAAAAACUCUGCAUUGCUCCGGUGUUUAUGCUCCUGUGGACGCUCUACUACUCUCUGUUCCAAGUUGGACAAGUUUUCGUUCAAAAUAACUGGGAUAGUUUGUUGCUAGAGACGGGCUUCCUUUGCGUGCUGAUUGCACCUUUCUACAUCUCAGCUAAGGGAAACACUAGCACGCCAAGUGAUUCCGUUGCAUUCUGGACGAUCCGCUGGAUGCUUUUCAGAUACCUGUUCUCAUGCAGUGCUAUGAAAUUAGCAUCCAGGUGUCCCCUCUGGUUGAAUCUUGAUGCUCUUUCUUACCAUUUCGAGACGCAAUGCCUACCUGCUCCACUCGGCUGGUACGCUCAUCACCUUCCAGGAUGGUUCCUACGCUUCAACACCGCUCUUGUUUUUGUCUUCGAAUUGGUGAUUCCACUCCUCUUCUUCUUCCCUAAUAGGAGAGUCAGGAUAACUGCUUAUUACAUUCAGAUGUUCUUACAAGUGCACAUCAUAACCACUGGAAAUUGGAAUUUCCGAGACUUCCUGGUGAUAUGUAGUUUAAUUGCUCUUCUAGACGAUCAGUUCUUCUACAAGAAGAAAUCGAGAAAAAGUAGUUCCACAAUCACUCCGAUCCUCUCCAGCCUCAUUUGCAUCGCAGUCUACUCAAUAAUCGUCUAUGGCGCCAUUCAAAUAUUCAACUUCAGAUUAACGGAUAACUGGACCAUCGUCUCUCGAAUUGGUUUUACUUAUGAACAGUUCGACCAGUUUCUGGGGCGAGGUCUCCCUCUGGCCAUCUACAUCGGUUUAGCCUCCCUUGGUUUCACCGUAGCCGACGCUCUCACUCACUCGAUUCUCUCCAACAAGCCCACUACGACAAGACUCUUCACAUUCCUCGUUACGACUAUUUACACCUUUGCCGUUGGCUUCCUCUUCGCCAUGAGUGCAAUCUCCUUCUCCAGUCUUCAUCCAUCCCAAAACGUGACAGUUCCUGUUCAACUUCGUCCCCUCUACUCCAAAAUCAAUAAUCUUCACAUCGUCCACGGUCCCAAGGAUUUCGCUCUCUUCCCAAAAAUGACGGGAGUGAAUGGACGUCCUGAGAUCGUAAUCGAGGGUAGCAAUAACAUCGAGGGACCUUGGAAAGAGUAUGAAUUCCUGUACAAACCUGGAAAUGUUAAUAAUUCACUUCCCUUCGUGGCUCCACACACUCCAAGACUCGACUGGCAAAUGUGGUGGGCAGCUCAGGGCACAUAUCAUCAGAAUCCCUGGCUCAUGUCUCUGACUUAUCGACUAUUGACGGGACAGAAAGAAGUGACAGGACUCUUGAAUAAUGUGGAAAAACCGUUCGGUAAUAGCCCACCAAAAUAUAUCAAAGCGACUCUGUAUCAUUAUCACUUUGUUCCCUGGAGGAAAUCACUGAAUCAGCAGAGCUGGUGGAUCAGGGAAGUAGUUGGCGAGUAUUUCCCUAUUUUCAGUCGUGACCAUCCACCGCUACUGGAGUAUCUGGGCAAAAUGAAGAUUCUGAAGGAUGAGAAAGAGGUGACAGUUACUAAUGACGUCUUGAAGAGUCUUCUCGGGGCAAUCAGGGCAAUUGUAAAUAAAGUCGAGGCGAGUUUGUUACUGUGGAGUGUAUUCACUGCUGGAUGUGCAAUUAUCAUGACGGGAAAUAAUUCUGGGAAGAAGUAGAGAGAUUGAUGGAACCAGUCAUUAAUCGCAUUAUCAAGAAAUUGUCGAGUGUUGAAAAUUUUGAGAGACAUUUUUUGAAGAUUUUGGAUUCGAUAUUAAUGAAGCAGAUAAUUGCGACAUUGAAUUGAACUAAUGACAAGAAACUCGCCAAUUUUUUUUAAGAUUCUAGGGACUUUUAAAAGGACCCCAUUGAGUUUUUGGAAUGAGGAACCUAAACCAUUAGUCAUUAGUUCACCAAAUGCAUCGAUUAUCAUAUCUAUUAAUAAUUUUGCACGUGUUGAUAAAAUAAAAGCCUGAUAUUUUCUUUUGAAACCCUUAAGUAAUGAAAUUAUUUCAUUCCCAUCAUUGACUUAUAUAAACUCUUAUUAAUUAUGAAAAUAAUCUUAGAAUGUCUUUUAAUAUUUUCUCUCAACACUCAUUUAAUAUUUCAACUCAUCAUCUUCAUCAUUGAGUUGUAUUCUAAUUGCAUUUCUAUUCAGUUUCUGAAAAUCUGAAAAACGUGAGUCUCUCUAAUAAUCAUUAUCGAAAUCAAUUGUUCAUCAAUAAUUAUUGAUUGAUUGAUUGGUUGAUUGGUAGAUCAUCGAUGAAAUUGUGAGUUUGUGACAAUGUCGAGAUCGUUUUUUUAGACUUCGUAGUUCGAAAUAAGCAUUUAAGGUUUCAAAAAAGGAUCAGUAAUUCAGGAGGAGGAAUUCUUAUGAGUUUUAAAAGUGGGGUGGACUCUUGAUCGGAGAUUUCUCACACUGAAAAUUAGUUACAUCACUUGUUUCAAAAUAUAUCAUUAGUGAAAACCGAAAUGAUUUAUUACUCCUUUGCUCGAAAAGUGUUUAAAAUAAUGAAGAUAAUCCAGAGUCUCAAAUUUUUUAGCUAAAAUGAGUUUCUUUCAAGAGUUUGAAAAGUGCGCAAUACCCAUAACGAAUUACUUUUUAAAAUUUAUCCACCACAUAACUAAUUUUGUAAUUUUUUUUUAAAUAAAUAAAUCCGGAUUUCAUGUGAAAUAACUUGGAAAAAUCAUGACCGAAUAUAUUGAUAAUAUGAUUUUCAGAUUUUACCGAUUAUUUUUCCCAUCCAAAUCUUGGCCAAUAGGAUUGCACCAUUCGACGUUAUUUUAUAUAGUCAACACGGUAUUUCAGCGGAUAUUCUUGGAAAUUUCACUGGAAAUUUUGCAUGUUGAUAUAUAUAAAAAAAAACAAAUGUUGAAGUAACCCUCAAUUGUAUCUGACAGAUUAAAUGGCAAUUCGUUGAAAAUUAUGUCUCAUGGUGCAAUUCUAUCGGCCAAGAUUCGGAUGCAAAAAAUAAUCCCCCGAAUACCACUCGAACUUCGAAAUUAUCUGAUAUUUCCCUCAAGGUUCCCUACAAAUAAAUAAGCUUGUCAAGUUUUCCAGAAAAAUCACUCGCGCUUCGCGCUCGUGAUUUUUAAACUGGAAAACUUGACACGUUCAUUUGUUUGCAACGAACCUAUCGGGAAAUAUCCGAUAAUUUCGGAGCUCUUGUGGUAUUAUAUGCGAUAAUUGUACUCUAUUUUCAAUGACAAUAUCGAAUCUUCUUUUAUUAAACAGCGAAACUAGCUGAAAAAUGGGAUUAAAAAAUAGUAUAUUUUGUCACUAGUCCAUCUAUACAGCUCGUGUCGAAAAGUGCCUUUUUGACUUUUCGUUUACUUAUAAACGAAAAAUGGCACAAUUCGUCAUUCGUUGAACGUAACAAUGCCAACAAAAAGUCUAGCAGGAGGUGUAAGGACUGUGAGACUCAUUGACCACUCCGGUUACCAAUUCGUUACUACCUCGCUGUACCCGUAUGGAAAUAUACUAUUUUGUUAUUAUACAGAGUGUUUCAUGUGAAACAAUCCAUCUAAAUAUCUCUUGACGGGGGCAACUGGCAGAAAAUUUUUUAACACAUUAGUUGUAGGAUUUUGAGGGAGGCAUGUGAUGCAGGUUUUUUUCAGUUUUUAAGGCUACUCUUGUAAGCUGGAAACAGGGGUUUUUUUGUAAUGGUAAUCGCACUGUUCAUUCAAUGAAAUUCAUGUAACCAUGCAAUCAUUUCCAUGUAAUGAAACUUGUUUGCAUUGAUGAGUUGUUUUCAGAUACGUCAUCAUUCAUGUCGAUUCGUCCGUACUUACUCAUAAAAUGCUACGCAAAUGAUUUCUGGUAUCAAACUGAAGAUUCAAACUAUCUUAGCGUGAUCCAGGAUGCAGCACGUGGAGGUGAAGUCUGCACUGAUCUCUUAUUCUAAUAAAAAGUGAAAAAAUAGCACAAACAUUUGUGAAAGUUCAUGCGCAUGUUGUAAGCCAACGGUGGCAACAUUGUACAACUCAUGAACAUAUUUCUUCGCUUUUUUGUCAGCGCAAGGGAUGCGACCAGACAACUCCCACAUUUUCCGGGUGAAAACGCGAGAAUUUACAUGAAUGAUGAAGCAUUUGAAGUAUUUGAAAACAACUCAUCAAGCGAACAAAUGUCAAUGGGAUGAAAAAUGUGAUGCCAUUUAUAAACAAGUUCCCUAUGCUUGGAGCUUACAAGCGUGACUUUGAAAGCUGAAAAAAAUGCAUGCAUCACAUGUCGCCCUUGAAACCCUACAACUAAAGUCCCAAAAUAUUUCCUGUCACUUGCCCUCCCCCCCAGAAGAUAAUUAGAGGGAUGGUUUUAAAUGGGAUACCCUGUACAAUUGUUGGCAGAACGGCUCUUAUCUUGAUGAUUAUAUUUUGUAUUUUAGUUAUUGGGUAAUUAAAUCAGUGCAGCUCAAAUGGAAAUCACCGAGAUACGAAGCACCAUUUUAUUUUAGAGCCAUAUGUCGACUCUUAUUAACUGUAAGCAUUGUACGAAUUUAUUUUGACAAUUGCGUACAUUUUUCGAGAAAAAAAAUUAAAACAACAAUCUCUGUAGCUAGAAAUUUGAAGAUGCUGGAGUAUUUUUAUCAUUUUAAGCGUCUUCGAGAGAAACACAUAAAAAACAAUCGUUUUUUUUCUGCAAUAAUCAUUCUCCCUUCAACAUAUGUAGAGCGACCCAAAACUCAAGUCUAAAUUAAAGCUGGAAGUUAAGGAUUUAAUUCUGUAUGGAAAAGCUCUCUGGAAUUUUUGAGUCGGCACACCCAAUAAAUAUUAAAUACUUGAAAUUUGACGUCAGUACUUGGCGACUCUUCCCCCUCAAUUGUCCGCAUAGCAUUUUUCCAUGUGAGAUCCAGCUAAUUGGAGAAGGAAAAAACUGCAUAAAGACCAUUGAUUCACUUGAAUCCUAAAAAUUGAAAAAUUAUUUUAGUCAUAACUAAUAUCGUUCAUGAAAAUGUUAUCUUAAUACAAAUGGCUCAUCGGUCACUGACUUCAUUCUUUCCUAACUUCAUUGUAUUAUGAUUGCAUUUGCGUAUGAUUUUGAAAAAAUUGUCAUAGUAUAUUUCGAUGCAAGUGCGAUAGGGCGGGUGAUGAGUGUGAAAUUGGAGUGUCAAUCAGACGAGUUAAAAGACCCGAUCGCACGUGUGUCCGAACUAGACUCUUUGUUAGUGAUGGUUACGUUCAGCGAGUGGCAAAUUGUGUCAUUUUUCGUUUACCAGUAAACGAAAAGACACUUUUCCACACGCGCUGAAUGUAGCAGCAGUGACAAGAACAAGUUUUUUCGUUAGCGAGAAAUAAAAUCAAUGGCUCAUCAGUAAUUAUUGAUUAGCCUUACUAAUGAAUGUUAGAAGGUAGUCAAAAUUUUCUCAGUGGCCUACGAAUUUCGUGGAGAAAUAAUGAGAUCACCUAGAACUUUGUACUGCAAUGAACCCUAUACUUUCCAAUAUUUUUCUAUUUUUCUUGCAUUUCUAAUGUCUGCUAGAUUAGUUCAGUCAGGGCUAAACGGCAUUAACUAAUUAUGUUUUUGAAUCAUUAUUUGGAGAUAGUGUACAGUUGUAUUCGUACGAAGUGUUUGUAUCUUAAAAGUUAAUCAAGUGCGUAAUUGAUGUGAACUUAUUAUUCUGUAUAAACACAUGAUAAUGAUUGUACUUCAAUAACAAUUUAUUAGAAAAUCUGUUAAAUAAAAAUAUCGCACUUUUGUAACAUCAAUUAAUGAAGAUAUUAAGUCAACUAUAGAGUCGGUGGUUUGCCAAGACUUGAAUGAUAUUAUUAUUGAAUAAAGAAAAUUAUUGUUUAA